AUGAGUGCAACUGACUCGAAUUCUGCAUCAUCGUCAAUUUCUGGUGUUAAUUCUAUUUCAGCCACAUCUAAUAACUCAAGUAUUAUUGGAGAUGCUCGUUUAAAUGAUCACAGGCACCAGAGUCUGUCACUUCCAGUUAGGACGAACUCUAGGCUUGCUCAUGAAUAUGAGCCACAUCAGGUUGAAACAAAAAGUUUUCACAACAAGCAUUUAACUCCUCCGAAAUGGAACAAACAAUAUUUAGGCCGAGGUAAUUGUGCUUCCCCAAAGCAGUCAAGCAAAUUUCUAGGGGAUGAGGUCGAUGAUAAAAAUGUACAUGAACGUACACUUGAUACUAUGACAGGCCACUGUUCUUCUGUGGAUGUGGAUCCUCCGGUUAGAGAUAGAUUAUUCCGUAAGGAUGGCCCUUUGCCACAUCCUUUUAACCCAUCUGUCAAUUCGAGGGAUCUUCGUAGUAAAAUGCUCGCUACAGAUGAUGAAGGUGAAGAAGAUGAGUAUGCCACAAAAUUUCAGGAUAGAUAUGGUACGAUUGCAAGGUCAGUGGGCCCAUUAUCCGAAAUUGAAACUAAAGUUGGGGGUUUAAGAGUUCCGAAAAAGAAGCCGUCUUCUGGGAUGCGUCACCGAUCCAAAUCUAUGAGUGAAGAAGUAAAAAUGUUGCUACGUUCUAAAUCUAAGGAUUCUGCUUCGCAUCCAAGUGGAAUACUUCUUCCAAGCAUAAGCCAGGGCGAAGUGAGAAGGUUUUCCAGAUCUUCAAGGGGUUCUGCUGGAAUACAUAAAGCUGGCGUUCCUGGCGUAACAAUAGUUGAUACCACGAAUAAUUUGGGACGGGCAACUUCACAUGUUUCUUCGAAGUCCUCACAUCCACCAAGUAGUGAUACUGAUAGUGAUGUUGAUUCGCAUGGUUCUCGUGAUUCACAAGAAACAGAAGAAGAUGUUUGUUUUCCAAUGGUCCCUAAGCAUGUCCGUAUUCGUGGAAUUGAUUUUGAUGAGAUAGAGGAAUUUAUUACAGAGCAAAGACUAGAAAAUGAGGAAAUUUCAAAGAGGGAGAACGAACUUAAAUUACGUGGAGAAAGUUCUGUGACUACAUCUUCUGAGAAAUUUAGUACUGCCGCCUUAAAGUAUACUCCACGCUUCAGGAAGACUAAAAAAUCUGGGGUUUUGAAAAAUAAAGUGUCUGAAAAUGAGGAAAAAAUGGGCACAAGUUCCUCAUCUACUAUGGAAUUUGAGAAGGAAAUGGAUACUGAGGACAAUAAGUUGGGUAUGGAAAUUAAAGUUGCAAAUACACAAAAUACUUUGAACUCAUCGACGGAGAGAGCAUCAUUUGAUUCUUCGAUUAACACUGACACGGAUAAUGAUAUAGUGCCUGAUCGAUUCAGUUUCUUCAACUCAAACAGGGAGGAAACGAUUCAUGCUGCAGAUAUAGCUUCUAUUGUGAAAAAGGGUACCCCUGUAAGAUCCCUUUUUGAACCAGAAGACUCUGUGUGGUGGCUGGAUUGUAUCUGCCCAACGGAUGAAGAAAUGAAAAUGCUUGCAAAAGCAUUUGGAAUUCACCCAUUAACAGCAGAAGAUAUUCGUAUGCAAGAAGCACGAGAAAAGGUUGAGCUUUUUCGAACUUAUUACUUUGUCUGUUUCCAUACUUUUGAUCCCGACAGUGAGAGUGAAGAUUUUUUGGAGCCUAUAAAUGUUUAUAUGGUUGUAUUUCAACAAGGAAUAUUGACCUUCCAUUUUUCUCCUAUCAGCAAUCCGGCUAGUGUUAGGAGAAGGGUCCGUCAGCUUAGAGAUUAUGUUGAUGUUUCUGCAGAUUGGCUUUGUUAUGCUAUGAUUGAUGAUAUUACUGACGGUUUUGCACCGGUUAUCCAUUCAAUUGAGUACGAAGCUGACGCAAUAGAGGAUUCGGUCUUUUUGUUCAAAGAGAAAGAUUUCAGAGAGAUGCUCUUUCGGAUUGGUGAAUCAAGGCGGAAAGUCAUGACCUUAAUGAGAUUACUUCAAGGAAAGGCAGACGUUAUCAAGAUGUUUGCCAAAAGAUGUCAUGAGGAUAGUAGUCCUCUGGCAGGGCAUUCUGCACAGCCAAGAGCAGAUAUUGCUCUCUAUCUAGGUGAUAUUCAGGAUCAUAUAAUCACUAUGUUUCAGUCCCUACUUUCUUAUGAAAAAAUAUUCAGUAGGUCGCACUCGAAUUACUUGGCACAACUUCAAGUUGAGUCCUUUUAUUCGAAUAAUCAGGUCACUGAUAUGUUGUCUAAAGUUACAAUGAUUGGCACUAUAUUGGUUCCAAUGAAUUUAGUCACUGGUUUGUUUGGAAUGAAUGUUCAUGUUCCAGGUCAGGAUGAAACUACUUACGCAUGGUUUGGUGGUAUUUUGGGAUUCAUUAUUGUUGCCAUCAUUGUUUCUGGUUUUGCUGCCAACUGGUACAUGGAUAUGGCACAAAGAAGAGAUACAAGAAAGAGUGCCAUAAAUUCUGGAGUGUCUGUUAAGACAUUUGGCUUUGGAAGAAAACGCAAGCAAGAGCAAAGGGAUCGAACAAAUAGAUCAAUGGUCAGCCUUCCAAGUCGUUACACGAGAUACGGCGACUUGGCCUAA